AGAGUCAUCAAGCAUGAGGGAUGUGCCUGUGCAACACUGGAACAUGGGUAUUGGCCCAAUAACUUGUCACGCUUGGAACAAGGACCGAACUCAAGUAGCAGUUUCCGCGUCGAGCAACGAGAUCCAUAUUUUUGCAUGGAAGAAUGGGGACUGGGUGAACACCGCUACUCUCGCUGAGCACGACUUGCCAGUGACAGGCUUGGAUUGGGCUCCAAAUACAAAUCGCAUCGUGUCAUGCUCAAGGGACAAAAAUGCGUUUGUCUGGACCUAUGAGUCAGAUAAAGGUACUUGGAAGCCUGAGCUGGUUCUGGUGCGAUUCCAACGAGCUGCUACAUGCGUCAAAUGGUCACCAGCAGAAAACAAAUUUGCUGUUGGCAGUGGUUCAAAAUUGGUUUCCGUCUGUUACUAUGAACGAGAAAAUGACUGGUGGGUUGCAAAGCAGAUCAGGAAGCCAAUCCGCUCAACUGUCAACUGCAUAGACUGGCAUCCAAAUAAUGUGCUUCUUGCAGUCGGCGCAUGUGAUUUUCGUGCACGGGUUUUUUCAGCAUGGGUGAAAGAGGUGGAUGAGAAACCAUCACCCAAUCCAUGGGGAUCCAAAAUGCCAUUCGGGCAGCUGAUGGCCGAAUUCCCAGUAUCCGGAUGGGUUCAUCACGUUGCUUUCUCGCCUUCCGGUUGCCGUUUGGCUUUCGUUGCUCAUGACUCAUCUAUCUCAUAUGUAGAUGCCAAUCAGGACAACACUGUUGCACACACCUUGCGAACUACUUGCUUACCGUUCACAUCUGCCGAAUGGGUGACCGAAAACAGCAUCGUAGCAGCAGGUCACGAUUGCUCGCCUAUUUUGUAUACAAUAGCUGAUGGUAAUUUGAAAGAGGUUUGUAAGCUGGAUAUUCCAUCUGAGCAGCGUGCGUCCUCUGUUAAUAGCGCAUUGCAAAUGUUCCGGAACAUAGAUAGAAACGCUGCUUCCGAACAAGUAAAUGUUCAGCUGAAAACACUGCACCAAAACAUGAUCACGCAAAUAUUGCCUCAUUCUGGCAAUAAGAAUAAUGUGAUAAAGUUCACCACAUGCGGAACAGACGGAUUGAUCGCCUUGUGGGAUCUAAAGAAUAACGCAGCUGUAGUCCACUGAUUGUUCUACCCGUCGUUACCUGGCUCCAGAAUGAAUUCCGACACUACUGCUUUAUACAUUCAUUAUGCGUCUUGAUGCAAUUGUAAAUGAUGUGCUUUUCUUAUGUGUCUUUACAGAACUAAUAAAUUAUUGAUAGUCUAA